AUGCCUGGAAGCAAGGAAACACGGCGGCGCGUGAGGAGUCGUGCACAAGCUGAUUAUCGUCGGCGUAACCCUCCCCCUCCUCGCAAUGCUUUGACUGUUGACCUGGAUGUCGGGUCAUGGCUACAGGCUCUGUCGAGUGAAACAGCGCUCAGGCCGCCACUUGAAGGGCUGGAGCCUUCGGGGAUGCAGCCUGUGUUGCAGACUAGCGACACGAUGCAAAUGGACACAAAUGAGUUUGGUCCUAUCGGCGCGGAGAAUAGCGCAAACAUUUUUGCGUUGGUGCCGGCAGACCAGAGGCCAAGAGUUCGCCAACUCUGGAAUCACUGGCUCCGCAUCACUUACACAAAUGCUAUCAUCCUCAGCGUGGCAUAUGAAGAAGCAUUACGGCGAAGGCUGGAUGACCCCAUCCAACGGGCCAGUCUCGAGACCAUCACAGCAAUCCUUGCGUUUGCAGCUUUCGCAAAUCUAACUAGCAAUCCGCAACUGAUCAAUGUUCACCUCGAUGGGCUUUCCCACGCUAUCACCAGUGUUGGUGGUCUAGCAACACUCCGGCAUUUGCCUGUAAUUCAAAUAAUGAUGUAUUGGAUUGAUGUCCGAGGUAGCUAUCUGCAAGACAGAAAACCGCGUUAUCCACAGCCGUUUGAGAUUCUAUCAGCAGAGAGUAAAAUCCGAGUCGCACCUAUGCCCACCAUCGAACAUUUGGAUAGCAAUGGCUUGCUAAGUCAAGACCCAGCGGUGGCGCACAUCUUUGAAGCUUUACAGCAAGUCAAUUCUCUCAUAAAUGCUGAAGCGCGCGCUCAAGGCGACGUAUUUUGGCAGACCGUCCUCUUCCCGGGCUUUCAUCUGGCUCCGAUUCUUUACGACCUUUUAUCGCUGCCUCGAGUCACACAUGGCAUGGCUGAUAAAUUCUCAAUGCGAAGGGAGUGUUUUCGAUUAGCUGGCAUUCUUUACAUCAGCGAAGUUCGCGCAAAAUUUGGCAUGGACAACACCGGGGCCACAUCAUUUGCCCAGAAACUGCUACACACUUUGAAGAGCCCCGACAUGCUCAGUUCGUGGGAGUCUGACAACUUUUUCUUGAUAUGGAGUCUUAUGAUUGGCUCUGUUUCGUUAUGCGUGCCUGAAUCUCUGCGCCUCGAGUUUAUGGACAUGCUGUCAGAGCGCCUAGCAGAUUCACUUCCUGACGUUCUGCCGAUAGCAUCUCGGUUGUUUAUAUGA